UACGCUACUAAUCGAAGACGGAUUAUUAUUUCAAAAUAAAAGUGCUUGUGACGUUUAAUGUUACUUCGGAAAUACGCAUGCGCAUUUAUGCUGUCUCGCUACACGUGCAACAUGGAGUCCCCACGAGAUAAAAUAGAUUUCGAUCGCUCUCAGGUAAAGAAAGCUGUACAUGCAUUACUGGCAUAUAUAAAGAGCAGCUCCUCGUCCCUAAAGCUCUUAGAGAACGAUGGUCAGGCCAUCUCUCUACUGUUAACUCUAUGGACAAUCCCUAAAAAGGAGCAAAACAUUCGCAUUCCUUUACCUCAUGGGCUGAGGACAGAAUCCGGAGACGUGUGUCUCUUCACCAGAGAUGAACCCAAAAUGACCUCCGAACAGACAGUGAGAUUCUACAAGAAGUUGCUCAAAGUGAGAGGGAUCCAAAAUGCCAUAGAGGUGAUUCCUUUCAACAUGUUGAAAACUGAGUAUAAGCCGUUUGAAGCCAAAAGGAAACUGCUGGGCAACUUUGAUUUGUUUCUGUCAGACGCACGCAUCCGCCGCAGGUUACCCUCCCACAUUGGGAAGCAUUUCUAUGAAAGGAAGAAGGUUCCUCUGUCGGUGGAUCUGGAGAGUAAGCAUCUAGCCAGAGACAUGGAGCGCCUCAUUCAUGGCACCACACUCACGGUCUCAAAUAAAGGCUCUUGUUGCAUGGUACGUGUAGCACAUUCAAGCAUGACAGCAGAUGAGAUGGUUGAGAAUGUGAUGACGGCUCUUUCCACCAUCUCUGCAAAGCUAGCAACGUCAGGAAAAAACAUAAAAAUCAUUCAUUUGAAGAGUCAGACUUCAGUUGCGCUGCCCAUCUACACCUCUGACCUGAGUCACCUCGCAUUGGUGGAGGAGGCCCGCAAGGAAGCCCGUUUAACAAAGGGAGCACAAAAGAGGAAGAGAGAAAACAAGAAUACAGAAGUGUCAAAGCUGAUAACAAAAGAAACCGAGGAAGAGAAAGACGGUGAAGAGGAGGAAAUAUCUCAGCUGGUGCCAUUCGAGACACCAACCAAAAAGCCAAAGUGGGAGAUCAUAUCUAAAAAAGGACUGAAAAAAGCACCCAAGCCUGCUGCUGGCAAAGUACUAAAGAAAAUCAUAAAAGACACAAAACUGACCAAGAAAAUACAAAGGUCACAGCAUGUGAUCUGAAGAGAAAACCUAAAAAACAAAUAAAAUAAAUUUGUAAAUGCUAUUAAUUUCUCAUCCUGUUGACAGUUGAAUUUGUAUGACAUGUUGCUUAUGGGGUUCAGGUGAGCCUUUGUUCUGAUCCAUGUGAAAUGAAGCCAGUCUUUGGUUUUGUCAGCUUUAAUUGAUAGUAUGUUCCAUUUACAGAAGGUAUGUGUAAUAGAGCCAACCACUGAAGGUGCUGUAGCCCUUUUGUAGUUGUUGGUUUACUACUUCUUCCCCAAUCGGAGUCUGUGGCAGCCUUAUGAACUGUAGGUUGGAAAGUAAUAAAAACUUGAACGCUUAUAGUGGUGUUCCUGAAUUGUAAUCUCGCCAACUUUGGGGAUCUGUAGAACCAAUUCCAUAGCACCAUCAUAGGUUCAGAAAUUGAAUAGUACACCAGGUUACUCACAUGGAAAAUUGUAAAUUUGUAAAUAUUACUACUUUUGAUGUUUGAUUGUUCUCACGUGUAGUGUGUUUUUGAUGGUCAUUUAUCCUCACGAUAGUGAUGCUGAUAAUGUUUUCUGAUUAAAGCAUAACUUUACUGCUCAA